AUAAAUAAGUACACAUACUAGCCAGUGCCACGUUCGAGAUUCGAACCGAGCGCCUCUUGAAUACAAGUUUAGAGCGUUAACGGUAGCUGUGUGUUUGUUGUGUGGAAAACAGAAUGACACAUUUAAAGUACUCGCAUUUGUAAGUGUUUUGCUAUCGAUUGCAAAGUUUUUGCUGUUUAAAGCAGUGUAUCAAAUGUAAGCAUUCACGAAUUGAGAAUAUACAGAGGCAUUGAAGAACUGGAACGCAUCAGAAUUUUAUAAUCCCAGGCGUGUUCGAAUUUGCCUAUAGCUUUCAUGACGUACAAGGAUUCAUCCAUAUAAUCCAGUUCAGUGAUUCAGUUUUUGAGGUGCUUUCCUUCUGCUGUGAUUUUAGGUACUCAAGACCACGCCCACCAGUCUGCAGUGAAGCUGCAAGAUAUUUUCUGCAGUGUAUAGCAAAUAGAGCUUAUUCUGAAAGCAGUCAUCUCUGUGACAGAGUAUAAUAAGAGCGAUUUUAGGUCUUCAAUCUAUUGGUUUUAUUUACAUUUGCACAUUUGUAAGAUUCAUGAACUUUGGACGUGUUCAUUUGAGAUAGGAUAGGUAUCGUCGGAUCACGGGAUUCAUAGUUCAACCGCUCUGUGCGUGCAGUGACUUGGUGUAGUACGUCCACUCCAAAGAAAGAGUGUCCAAGAGUCAAGAAAAUGGUUUCUAAUGCGGUGAUGUUGGAGAUGAGAGAAAGUAUAUUAUGCUGAUGUUUAGUCACAUUUCGUAGCGUCAAAAUAUACAUUAACACUCACUCACCAUUCCUACUAACAGCAUUUUUCACGUGUAACAAUUGAAAAAUGAAUUGUCAUCAAAUAUUAAGUGGUGCUUGUAACGCAGGCGAUCGCUGCUUUGCUGUGGGAAGUGUUGAGGGUAUACCAUUUACGGCUUAUGCUGCUGGAUGCAAUAUUGUUAUUUUGGCAAGUACUUUUGAACGAGUUCAAAUUAUACCAGGUGCUUGGCACAACUAUAUCAGAAUCAGCUGUGUGGAUUGUUCUACAGAUACAGGAAAGAUUGCUGCAUCAUAUGAGAAUCAAGUUUGCAUAUAUGAACCAACACCACUUAUCCACAACAACAGUGCACAUCAACUGGAUUACAGAUGGGUGCAGACAGGUAGCUUGCAGACAGAAUCACACAUCAGUUCACUGUCAUGGAACCUAGAAGGAACCCGUCUGCUCACUGGUGGGGAAAUUCUGCAACUUUGGCAUCAGCAUGUUGCUUUGAUGGAGGAUGAUUCAGAGACAGCGCAAGGUACAGGCGUGACUUUUGAAAUUGGAGAUGAGAUUCAGCCACAGCAACCAUCUGGUCAGGAGGACGACGAUCGAGGCUGGGAGUGUGUAUGGAGUUGUCACACUGCAACACCUGUUUUCCACAUGUCGUUCUCUCCAGAUGGCACUCUCUUUGCUACGGCCGGAAAAUCUGAUCGUCUUGUUAAGAUAUGGUUUGAGAAUAAGCAGUUGCUGUUUCCAUCAAAAAGUGUGGAUCAUUCUAUGUCAUAUGGUGGCCCAUCCACUAUAAAUGAAAUCAACUAUGGCUUUGUAUACAUUGCACACCCACGGGCAGUCACCAACUUGUCAUGGAGAAAAACCAGUAAAUACAUGCCAAAGGGUUCUGUCUCCAAUAUGCUGGUGACAUCUUGUCGUGAUAACAUCUGUCGUGUGUGGGUUGAGACAGUUUUACCAGAUGAUGGCCUUGUCAACAUGAAUCAGUUUGAUCCCCUUGCUACACAGAACCCUAAGUUCCGCACUCACCGUCACAAACACCGCUUCAUGCAGCGGCUGAAGCACAUGAAAACGUGUUUCCACAUCCGUCGCCACGCCAAACAUCAGCAGAACCAAGGUAAUAAUCUCCUUGGAACUGGCUCUCCCAUUCCUACUCUUCCUUCCACAUACAGUGUCCAUGAUUUCCACAGCUAUGGAUACCAUGGAACCGGCGUCACACCAGGCCUCCACUUCCAUCUGGCUGCCAGCAUCAAUGCAGAGACAGACAUUCCUCUUGUUCCGAGCCUGGUGACUGGGGACCCAGAUCGGGAGCCGAACUUCAUCCUACAUUGGCUUAACAACAAGGAAAUGCAUUUUUCACUCCAAGCUGAAUAUAUACUACAGGAAUUGGCUAGAAAAGUGGUAGAGAAGGAGGACAGUGGAGAGAGCAAUCGCGAAAAUAUGGAAGCUCAUGAUUCCGAACAUGAUGACCAUUCGCCACGGAAACGACAAGGCAAAAUUGGCAAGUCACAGUCUCAGGAGGAAAGUAGUGAUGAACAUCAUGGUAGUUUUCCCUCAAGCAGUGCUCAUAGUCACCAGUCUCUUAGUGCUACCACAUCCAUCAACUCACUAGCAACAGAUUCUGGACCAACGAUGGGACAGGCUCCAGAUUCACUAGAUACAAAAAUUGAGUGUUUGCUGCGGGACUGGCAUCACAGCCCUGACCUACUGUUUUCGGUUCAUCCCAUAGAUGGCAGUUUCUUGAUUUGGGUUGUUGAAUGGCUGGACGAGUAUCACCCAGGAUCAUUCCGUCAAGCCCAAGUGUCUUUCUCAACUCGCAUUCCCAAUGCAUUCCCUCUGGGAGAUGCAAUGACAAUGUCCACAAAUGUGUGUCUUUACAAUGCAUAUGGUUGUCACCUCAACUAUCGUGAUGUUUUAAAACCACCUGCAACCAACAAGGGUCCAGUAAAUGGACCUGUGAAUGAUGCAGAAUCAUCCACUCCCUUGCCAAGUGUAAUAGAAGAGGAAUCAGACUUAAAUUUGAAUGUUCCUGCCAUGGAGACAAUGCAGCAAGCACCAGGUGCAAAAGUUCUAAGUCCCAAACAUGGAGGUUCAGCCAGUUCAACAGGUGAAGACUCAGGGAAUGGAGGCAACUUGUCAGAUGUGAUAUCAGCUGAUCCCUCUCCAGCUCUGUCUAUGGUGUCAAAACAUUCCAAUGGAACUUUGAAUUUGUGGCAGCUGACAUUCGCAGAUCAGACCAAGUUCUCACAGGUCCUGAGCAUAGGUCAUUCAUCCCGAGCAUCAGGGCAUCGGUUCCGGGUGAAUGACAUAACAUGUCACCCAGUACUACCACUACUUCUCACAACAUCUCAUCAUAACAUAACAGACUUCCCCACAUCACCACCAAGCAACAUCACAGUAGAAGAUUCUAUGAAUCCUUUCAUUAAAAAUAAGGAUGUUACUGCACCUACAGGUUUCUGCAGUGAAUUAAUUUUGUGGCGAGUAGAUGCUGUUGGUCCACUCUCGAAGUCUGGUGGAGUGUCAGAGUUAGCCAGAAUAAAUUCUUUAGAAAUAUCAGCCUUCUCCAAUGUUGCAUGGAUACCAACAUUACUACCAAGCACUACAUUAGGCAACCUUUCAAAUUCCCCAAGUGCAUGCUUUGUUGCGUCAGAUGGCAAGAGUCUACGUGUUUACCAGGCUGUGAUUGACGCUCGUACUCUGCUUGCCGAAGUGUCCAGCUCGGAACGCAGGAGUAGGAUGCUGGACUCAAUGGUGAGCUUGUCGACUGAUUCUUCUUCUGAUGAUGGUUUGAAACAUUCAUCGCUCCAUGAUAGAAUAAAGAUAGUGUCGCAGCAGUCCACUGCAAGGCCAGGAUGUGUCAUUCAGUUGGAUGCCAUAUCUGAUGCAACUCACGAUUGGCAGAACACCCAGUUCCUGCAUGUGUUUCAAGAGCAGCUAAUUACAGGAGAACGUGCAGAAGAGAAGAAUAGUGGUGCACGGGAUGUAAGCCGGGACGGUGAUCUCAGUCUGAUGGAGACACAGCUGGGUGCCAUGGUUGAUCUCCAGCAGUCUGUAGUAUUUGAGGAGCCAUUCUACAUUGUUGUGCUGGAAAGGACUAACAAGGGUACAGUUGUGCAUAUGUGGAGGCUUGUGAUUGCUUCACAACCAGAACCUGCAGAGAUGACAGGCAGUAUGAUGUAUGUGCCUGACAGCCAUCUUGUGCAAGAUGAUGAUGAACCUGAACCCACUGGAAGAUCAGCAAGCACAGCAGGUGCUGACCAGGUGGGCCGUGAUGAAAAUCUGACACCCGUCCAGACAUCUCAUGUUGUGAUAACUACAACUAAGGUCUGCACUCAGGACCUGCCCCUGCCUGAUGGAGUGGAAGUGAUCCAUGCAUCUCCUGCUGCUGGACAUCUCAGCUCUGCUUCCAUCUACCCAGCCUGCUUUGCUCCCUACAUUAUUGUAACUGCAUGUUCAGAUAGCACUGUUCGGUUUUGGAAGUGCAAAUAUACAAAGUCAGGAGAAAGGAAGAAAACUUAUGAAUGGUGUGAAUGGGAGAUGAUUAGGAAGGAUCCAGAGUCCGCCAUUGAUAUUUCAGGUCAGCCCCUCAACAUCAGUGCUGCGUAUAGUGGGCGGAUAGCGUGUGCAUAUAAGUAUGGAAAAUCAUUCACCAGGCCCUCCAAGAAUGACCCAGACUCAAGAUAUGUCAACUUAUGUGUUGCGAUCUAUGAAUGCGAGAGCACUGGAGGAUCAGAAUGGGUUCUGGAAGAUACAAUCCAUCUGAAAAACAUUCACUUACCUCGGAUUCAAGUGGAUCCACACCUAGAUCUAAGCUACUUGUAUGACAGCCGGUUCCUACAAAAGAAGCACCGUCUCAAUCACAUUAUGCAGACAUUCUCAUCAGAAGAUGUCCGUAGUCCACUGAAGAACGGAGACCAAAAUGACCACCACACAAAUCUGCAUAAGACAUCUGGUGGUUUAUUGGCUGUUCCUAGUUUUAGUACACUGCAGUCACUUCGUAAAUCCAUCAUUGAAUGCGGAAACACUUGUCCACUGACUCAGAAACAUCUUGUUCAACUUGACUGGGUAUCCAAAGAAGAUGGUUCUCAUAUUCUUACUGUAGGAGUUGGUAGCAAGGUGAUGCUGUUCACGCCGGUAUCAAGUGAUCUAGCACAGGCAAAUAUGAAAGCCAUGAAGGAAUCCCAGUCUGCAAAUCGUCCCAUCCUCAGGAAAGCCUCUUCCUUAGCAGCCCCGCAGUUUGUGGAUGAAAUCAGAUGGAUGAAAUUACGUAAAAUAGACUUGGUCACAGCAGAUGGUCUGCCUCCACUGCCUAUGCAGAUCUCAUGGGUUCGUGAUGGAAUACUUGUUGUUGGGAUGGACAGUGAAAUGCAUGUAUAUUCACAGUGGAAGCCAAACUUUUCUGUUGAGUGUGAACGUAAUGGUAGGCUGCAUCACCAGGAGUCUGAUGAACUCCAGGAUACUAGAAAUCUAAGAGAUGAAGACUUACGGAAUCUGGCUCAGGAAACUUCACAACGCCGACUGACAAAUGUUAGUUCUAUGCCACAUCUUUCACGUGUGAGCUCCAUCAACCUCACUAUGUUGGACAGCAAAAAGAAACGAGGUGCAAUUGUUCAGUCAGAACAGAUGAACAGUGUAGACUACAUGCCAGACUAUGGAUUGUUCGAAGCAAGCCGCAUUGCUUGUCCUGUUUUGCCACAGUACCACCCUAAGCAGCUCAUGGAACUCCUCAAUUCAGGCAAGAUACGCUGGGUCAAGGCUAUCUUAGCCCAUCUAGUCAGAUGUAUUUCUGGCACUUGUGCUGUACGCCAAGGCAGUAGCACUGAUGAAGAGAAUCUUGUGAGGCAAAGAGGGUGGUCCCGUUCACGUACAUUGUCAGUCAGCUAUAUUGGAGCAGGUACAACAAGUCCGCUGGAGCAGCGAGGAUCUACUACUGCAAUACCAGAGGAAGUGACACUGGACUAUGCAGAAAUCACGUCAAUUCCCCCACUGCCCCUCUGGACUCUCUUGGCUGCAGACAAAGAAACACCUACCAUGAGUGCUCAGAUGAGUGAGGAUCAGCAGGAUUAUAAUGACUUGUUUGAUGGAAGCUUGACAGUGGCAGAUGAAUCCCUUGAUGACCUGUUGGAAGAUGAACCCGAUUCACCAAGGAGGCAUGAUCGCAGACCUUCUGUAAAUCAAGAGCGACAAGGGCUUUCUCAUUUUGGACCUAGACAGGGGCGGCUACUGUCACGUUUGCUUACUCACACACACCUCCCUGGACUGUCGAGCCUAGACCAGAUGCAUCUUCUUGCAUUGGCAGACACAGUGUCAACAUGCAAUACCGACUUUGCUGAGCGGUUUGCUAUCGAUGCUGCAAAGACUGCUAUUGCUAAAGAAAAUUUGUCAGGCAUGCCAGAAGGGGAAGAUAUCUCUUCAGAUUCCUUGGAUGACUGUGGACUGAGAUUUCUGUUGGCCAUGAAGCAUUACAACUAUUUAUUAAGAUGCUUGCCUAUUGUUCAGCGAGCACAGUUCCAGCGCCAAGGUGUUGGCACCAACAACUUAGUGUGGGCUUUCCACUCUGAAAGUGAAGAGGAGCUGCUAGCUCUCAUUCCAUCAUAUGCUAAAGGGAGUCCCAAGUGGGCCAUUCUGAAGGAACUGGGCGUGGGCUGGUGGCUCCGCAACCACACACUACUCAAAACAUGCAUAGAGAAGGUUGCAAAAGCGUCAUAUAUGGUGAAGCAGGAUCCUUUGGAUGCUGCCAUAUUCUACCUUGCCAUGAAGAAGAAGAGUCUUGUAUGGGGUCUGUUCCGCUCAAAGAGAGAUGAGCGCAUGACACACUUCUUCUCCAAUAACUUCUCAGAAGAUCGAUGGAGAAAGGCUGCUCUUAAAAAUGCAUUUGCACUACUUGGGAAACAGCGGUUUGAACAUGCUGCUGCGUUUUUUCUUCUGGCAGGAGCUUUGCGAGAUGCAAUUGAGGUGUGCUUAAACAAGCUAGAAGACUUCCAGUUAGCAAUGGUGAUUGCACGACUUUACGAGGGAGAGCUGGACUCAACUCCACCGAAUCUGCGGCGACUUUUGUACGAAGAGAUCUUGGGCUGUGAUAGUGAAGGUGGGAAUCAGUGUUUGGCUCAGGCCCACCCUGACCCUUUCUUGCGAUCCAUGGCUCUUUGGAUUCUGAAGGAUUACACAGGAAGCCUCAAUACCUUGCUGCAAACUAACACUGGCUCCAUGCAUCCACAGUACUCAGAUAGUGAUGAUAAGUUUGAGGGUUCAUCAGCGAACCCAAAUGUGUUCAACUUCUAUGUAUACCUGCGCACACAUCCCCUGCUGAUUCGACAGUACAUUGCCUCCACUGCUCAGGAUAAGAAGAAAGCUCAUGCUGUUGUUUUGUCUGGCUUUAGUUACGGUUCUGAUGCCAAACCCAGCAACCCAGAUAAACAAUUGCUUUUGGAAGACUCGAUCACUCCUCUUGAACGCCAGCUGUACUUCACAACAGCCCAUGCCCACUUCAAAGCUGGUUGUCCUGCACUUGCACUGGAAGUACUAUCGAAGUUACCCAGCAAAGUGAUUGAUGCAAAUGGGGAUGACUCGCCAAGCUUGCUGAACAGUCCUAGUAAGGCUAGAGUUCAGGACUUGCAGAUAGACACAGGAAUUCUAAGUUGGGGUGAUCCUACAGACUCACAAAGGAAUAUAGGCUCUUCUUCUAGCAUGGACAUGUCCACUCAUGUGUCAUCAUCGCUGGAUUGGUCACAGCCAGUUACUCGAACUGAAGAGUCAUUAGAAUUGAAAUGGGAUGAUGACGAUGAUGUUGAUGAGAAUAAGAGUGACGAUGAUCACAGCCAGAGACCGCUAGAGAUGAAGGCUAAUCCAAGCAGCCUAGUGGAACAGUCUAAGGAUGCAGAAGAUGCAGUGGGCUGUGGGGGACAGCUGGACAUCAUGGCACAACAGCUGAAGUUUGUGGCAUGCUUGAAGAUUCUCAUGGAAGAACUGUCCACACUGGCAACAGGGUUCGAGGUGGAUGGAGGGCAGUUGCGUUACCACCUGUAUGUGUGGCUGGAAGCACUGAGGCAGCUUUGCAACUACAGCUUUGGUGACAUAGAGUCGGUCAAUGCUGAUGAAGGCAUAUUGGAUACGAUGCAGGACUUGCGUGACCACAACACAACACCUACCAUGAUGAUGCGUCCAGGAGAAAAACCCACACUUCAUGAGAUUCUCAUGGCUGAGAAGAUGGACUUUGAGGCUAAGGUUCAGCGAGCAGCGAAACGAAAGAAAUGGCUAAAAGCAAACGAGACACUGCUGCGAACACUGUUGAGCUACUGUAGCCUGCAUGGAGCCAGUGGUGGUGGGCUGGCAUCAGUGCGCAUGGAGCUUGUGCUGCUGCUUCAGGAGCUCCAGCAAGAGAAGACUCAACAGCAGUUGCUGUCCCCUCUUCCUUUCCCUACAACUCUGCCUCUUUUAUCUGCCAGUGUAGCCUGUAACAAGACUGUUGUAGCUGAUCCCAUCAGACACCUGCAGGCACAAGCACAUGAUAUGCUGCAGACUAUAGUGGAGUUACGGUCUCCACCAGUGCCUUCACGGACACACUUCAGUGAAGUCUUUGUUCUGCGUGACCUUGCAGUAGCUCUUUCAGCAUGCAUUUACCAGUCCCUCUGUGACUCUGACACUUUCAGUGUGAAACAACAGACUGACAACUUCCAGAGUUUUGGUCUGGAGUCCCUAGCACACCUGAAUGUUGUUUGUCCAAGUAGUCACUUGAUAGCAAGCCAUACCCGACGGCGGCGAUACAGUAGUGAUGAACCACUGCAAGUUACAACUCAUCCCUGCAAAUGGCCUGGAGUGACGAACCUCAGAGCCUUAUUAGCACGAGAGAAGGAUGAGGACACACCACGCCUUAGUGUUCUGUUGUGUGAGGCAUUUGUUGCGACAUACAUGAGUCUCAUUGUGUAUGCCCUUGCAACAUGUGAUUCCCUUAUCCUGUACCGACUUGCAGGGCAAAAGUUUAGCAAUCAAACAUGGGCAAUGCUCUUUGGUGGUGGAGUCAAGAAACUUCUUAAAGUUGCUGCAAGUAAUAAUUCUGCCACACAGUCACAAGGCAGCUUGGAAAGAGAGCCAAGUGGUGGUAGUGAAGGAGGGGUUUGGACCACCAUGACAAGUCUCACAAAGCAGCGAGUGCGUCUGAAUAUGAAACUUCUUGGACAGUUCACUAGCCAGCCAGGGACACCUCUUAUGAAGGAGGACAAGCCCACAUACAGGGAGCAGUUUGUUCCACCUGAAAUGUCCAUGGUUUCAUACUUCCUCAUUAAGCCACAGUUACCAGCGGAAGCCGAAUGUGUGGACUAUGAUUCUGCUGAUUCAGCUGUGAGUGACCUGGAUGAUGAAGAGGAGGAAGAAGAUGUUUUUGAAGGAACUAGCACAAAUCCCAAAGCUCCAGACAGGGAGAACACAGAACACUCGAACCCCAGCAGCUACUCAUGGUGUGUAAUGAGGCUCGCCAUUAUGAAGCUAGUACAGCAUCAGCUACAAGAUUUUCUUAGUGUUGCAGGAAUUGAGAUGCAGGAGUUACCUGUGUGCAGUCCACUGAUCCACAGCACUCUGCGUGUUGUGACCCAGUGGCAGGAUAUGCUGAAUGAAGAGUUGGAUUUGCGUAGGCCUCCCCCUGCUGACUACAUUCCUGGUUGCUUUGUGGAGACCAGUGCUUCAGGCCCAGCCAUCCACAAGUACCGCUCCCUCUUAGAGAAGUGCAACACUCCCUUCCAACCAAAACAUGCUUCAGCGGCUCCAGUUCGGCGAUUGUGGAGCUUUCUAGUGAGGCAAGAGCAAGUGCAGGACAUUUUUAUCAGAGCGGUUUUUGGAAAACGGAGAUCUAUGUCAUCUACAAUGGACACCCCCUCUGCAACAGAUGGAAUGAAAAUGACUGAAGACAAAGGGUCAGACUCAGGAACCUCAUUGCCAGAGCCUGUUAGGAUCAUCCACAAGGAACAGGACUCCAUCUCUGCCUUCUGUCUCAACCAGGUGAAUGCAGGCUUGUUGGCUUUAGCUACACCACGAGAAGUGCAGGAGAUGGACAUUACGUUAUUGUUGGAGCUGCCAUCAUGGCUGGAGGAUGAAUGUGAAUUUGACAUCAUGAAUCUUACACGGGAACCUGAGACAUUGCCAGCAUCUAGUUUCUUGGUCAUUCAAACAGCAGCUGACCGACCGAUGCUGGCGCAGUCAUCUUCUGCUGUACAGAACUAUGGGAACAACCCCUCCAGUCCUCAGCCUGGAUUGGGUGGACAGACAGGCAGAGGAGCAUCAGUGAUGAAAGGCCUCAACUUUCCUGGGUCACACGACCCACAGUUCUGUCAGUUUGUCAUUGAUCGUAGCCGCCACUUGUUAAAACCGAUGCUGAAACACAGAGUGGAUGGAAUUCGGAGAAUCACCUCACAUCCUCUUCUUCCGUUAUACCUGACAGGUUCUCAGGAUGGUUCAGUACAGAUGUGGGAAUGGGGCCACAUUCAGGCUGUUUCUGUCCCUCGACCACCUGGAACAUUUGCUAAAGUAACGAGGGUUCGAUUCAGUGAACAUGGCAACAAAUUUGGUGUUGCUGAUGGCGAUGGCAACCUCAGUCUGUGGCAAGUUGGUUUAGCAAGCAAUGCCAGCCGUCCCUUUUUCACAUACCAGUGUCACAACAAGGUAACCAGUGACUUCGUAUUCCUUGGAUCUUGCAGUAUGAUUGCCACAGCUGGUCAUAGUUCGGAGAGUAAGAAUGUUGCAUUGUGGGAUUCACUUUUGCCUCAGAAGAAAGCUCUUAUAACUGCCUUCUCAUGCCACGACCAGGGAGCAUCAAGUCUUGUUUAUGCACCACAACAUCAGUUGGUGAUCUCUGCUGGUAAGAAGGGUGAUGUCUGCAUUGUAGAUGUACGUCAGCGACAGCUGCGCCAUCGAUUCCAGGCACAUGAAUCUCCCAUUAAGUGCCUAGCCAUUGACCCUGGUGAGGAGUUCUUUGUGAGUGGCUCAGCUGACGGAGACAUCAAGGUGUGGGGCCUCUCUGUUCACACGGCUCUGUAUUCCUUUGCUGGCGAGCAUGCCCGUUCAAGUUUCUUCAAGAAUAUUGGGCAGGGUGUGACACAGCUUCAUGUUGACUCAGCUUCAAGGCUGUUCUCCUGUGGUGCUGAUGGAUCCAUGAAAGUGCGACAGCUACCCGAAAGAGAUUUGGCAGUACAGACUUUGUACUAGGUGAAAAUACUGACAUUGCAAUACUAGUAGUGUUACAAGUAUUCAGACUUCCAUUUUCUGAUAGUAGCCAAUUACUCUUGAGAGUUAAUUAAGACUUGACAGUAAGAAUUGUUGCUGCAUGAGAACUGUUCAGUGUAGAGUGAUGUGUUGGAUUUUAAGCAUGUGGAGAGUAUUGAUUUCUGAGAUGUGAUACUGUGUAGUCUAGUAGAAGUUCACCAACAUGUCAGAGGAACAUACUACCUCCAUCUUCCAAGCAAGCUGCUUGUUGCUUGUUUGGCUUACUUUUUGACCCUGAAGAUGGAGGUAGUACAUGACCUCAAAAUGUUGGUGAGCUUCAAUCAAACUAUGUAGCGUCACAUACCAGGAGACAGUGCUCUUCAUAACCACCAAUGUGGGAACCUGAAGUCCAGCGUUUUGGCAUGUGUUUUGCAAGAGGAAUGAAUCAGUAUGGCAUUGUUAUGAAAUCUUGAUUUUGCUUCCUGGGCGUCUUUAAAAAUAUAUUUUUCUUAUAAUAUAUGCCUUAAUGGUGAUUUCAAAGCACCCUUCUUAUAUGGUUCAUAGUUGUCUCUGGUAUGAAGGUUGUUGUACAUGUUAUUACAAAGAAUGAAUUCAGUUAUCCCUCAAAGAAAUUUCAUACUAAACAGCAGCAUUUGUACUGUGACCUUAGAUGAGUUUCGUUUGGUUUUUAUUUUAAUCUGCAAAACCUUAAAGAAUGAUGAGAACGUGACGUAAAUAGCGAUGAUCAUUGAACACCAAAUCCUCUACAAUCUGUUGUAAUCCUCAUGCUUUAUAACGCAGUCAUCUAAUCAAAAUACAAAGGAAAAUUUGCUUGGUUGUAAUAGUAUGGAAGGUCUUGUUAUAAUAAGAUAUUACACAAUGUAUUAUUAGAAUCUUUUAUUAAUCCCCAUUAUAAUUUUACUUGUUUAUUUAAAGAGGAAGAAUAUAUAUAGUCAUAAGAUUGAGGUAUGGUAUCUUGUGUAAAUGUAAGAUGUCUUGCAGCAAAGUUCUGUAAUUAAUGUGUUAUAGAAAGGGCCUAGUCUACACAAAAUACAUUUAUAAUAUAAUCUUAUUGCAUCAUGUAUACAAGAGAAUGUUACGAACUUUGAGUGCAGCAGGUAUGAAAGGUAUAAUUAUUGUUGAUGUUUAACCAAUGAAUUUACUGCUGCCAUUGGAAGUGCAGCUGAAACACCAUGGCAAAUUCAGUCAGGUCAUGAUGUAGGUAUAUUGGCUUGUGAUUGAAUCAGAAAUGUUAGGAACUUAUCAGGCAUUAGCAAGCAAUGAUCAUAAUUGAAUUAAGAAUCCCAUGGGUUGAACUCUCAAUCAAAUGAGAGGUACAAGCAGUGAGUUAACCUCUACCAGUGUGCUGUGAAUAUUCAUUUCACUUGUAGUGAUCUUGAAGGUGCGGUGAGAUCCAGUCUUCUCAUCUCGAACAAUUUCUGUAUUAUGUUGCUGAUCUUCUCUUAGCACAUUAUGCUUCUGUAAAUGUGUGCAGAUUUAUCUAUGUAUUAUGAAAUGGGAGGCUACCUGCGUUUGGAAUUAGCAGUUUUGUUGUACUGAUGAUGUGUUGGCCUUCUGCAGCUCUUGGCCUUAAGACAGGGAUUCAGCUUAGCUAAUUAUAAUAUCAAGCAGACGACUGAAACAUUCCAGUGUAUGAAUGUGAUAUUUAUGUGGUAGUGGUGCCAAAGUCAUGAUUAUCAUCAUUUUGUGAAUAAGAUAUUUUAUUGAUUUUCUUGUGGUCCAGUUUCCAAAUGACUCUUUCCAUUUAACAUUGUUUCUAUGAGAUGUUUUAACCAGAAGUCAUCAUCACAGAGUUGUCAUUAAUAAUUUAUUACCCACAGUUGUUAUCAGAGAUUUUAUUUUAAGUGUUUUACAGUAUUUUAAAAACAAGUCAUGCUUAAUGUAAAUUGUCAGUAUAUAAUGUAAAUUUGUAAAUAUUUAGAGUACAACUUUAUGUUCUAAGACAAAUGAAAGAGAAGUCAAAUGUUGAACAUAUCCAUUUCUUUUAUAAAUUUUGUCUUUGAUUUUACUGAGUGAAAUUUAAAACUCGUGUGGAAGGGAUGAGCGAGUGCUGCAUACUAUUGUUACUUGAGUCUUUGGCAACAGUAUCACAUGGAAACUGAUCAUGAGAUAACUUUGAUAAUUUAUAAAAAUAUUUGGAUUAAUUUUACAUUAAGAAACUGGACUCUGUUUGUUUUUGCAGUACUUGUAUUUUUAUACAUUAUCAGUGUUAUAUAGACAGAGGGGCAAUAGAGAGGCAGUUUCUUCACACCUAGCAGAACAAAGUACUGAAAAAUAUUGUUAUACCAUGUAUAUUAUGGUACACUUCCUAAAAUUUGUUGAUAUUUGUGGUAUAUAUUUGUAUGACCCAGACAGAUGUUAGAUAUAUUGCAGAAUGGAUACUUGAAAUUAGUCUGCAUAUCUAACUCUUCCUGGUUUGUGUAGAGUGAUGUUGGUCAUUUGUGGCAUCAAACAGUGAAAUGAUUUUAAGUGCUGUAGAGGUACACUAGUGCUGACUUGCUGACUGUGUUCUAAACUCAAAACAGUAAGUUGAUGCCACAUAUGCAGUCAUACCAUGUUGUUGUUGAUAAAUUGUAAAUAUUCUAUAAAAAUCACUCAUACACACACUACUUUAUGAGGACAAUACUAAGUUUGAAAAAUAUAAAUUAUAUGAAGUCUGUAUUACUCAGUUGUUAGGAACUAUUUUCUGUGUCUUUCCAAAUGUAAAUUGCCCCGUACUUAGUGGUAAAGUUUAUUAGUUCAUUGAGCUCAACUUUUGGUUGUGAUGUGGUUUACUGGCAAAGUGCUAACAUGUCAGACAUUGUUCAUGUUAUUUGGCUGACUGCAGUGUUGAGUUAGGAAACAAAGUUGUGCUCAAUGAAACAAGCUGCUACUGCCUUCAUCUGUUGUUGUUUCCCUUUUUUCUUCUGAGAAUGAAAUAAUUUACAUAAUGCUCUUGGUUAGUUCCCAUCUUAUUUACUGUGUAUUUAAAUGAGGUAUGUCAACUGAAAUGAAGACCUUAUGUUCAACAGGGACGCUGUUUUUCUGUUUUGUAGUUGAGAACCUUUAGUAUUUUGGUUCUGGCUCAGAGGUUAUUAAUGCAAUGGGAAAGGGAAAUAUUUAUGAUUCUAGUUUAAUGAUAUUCUGAUUUAGUGUUCAAAGAUUGUUCCUCAAGUGCUCUGGUGUUUCCUCUAGUUGUCCAUAUUUGAGAUCCUUCCCACAGUAAAUAAUAUAAUCUUCCAUGUUCCUAAUAUGUCCCAGCCCCUCCCUUCAACUUGGUAGCUCCCGUCUCCCAUUCUCGUUCUUCACUGUCUGUGGGAAAUUAUGAUAUAAUUAUAUAUAUACACACUGGAUGUAAAUAUAUACGCAACACACCAGAAUGUACGAUGCUGCAGCAAUUAAAUAAAGACCCACUAUGAUAUAUGUGUGUUCAUAAA